AUGGAGUCCGUUCGCCAGUCUUGUCGGCCAAAGCAUCAGGUCUUGACUCUGAAAUGCUAUCCCAAAUACCAGAAAGGUGUGGCGGAGGUCAGGCCGAAUCCAAGUGAACUCUCAUACCUGCUUUACUAUGCUAGCACGCGCCGCAGCAAACUGACCAAGGUCGGUGCUUUCCUCGAGAAGAGGGUCGCGCGGGAUGUCUGGAGACGCAGGAUAGGAAAUGUCCAAGUGGCGCUUCACAUUCUCGCCGCGCUCAUCGAAAAAGUCCCUCGCGAUCUACCGAUUUACGCUCGAUCUGUUAUGACAGUGGUCGAUACCGUCCUGCGAUCGAAUGAUAUAACAAUGGUGGAGGAGUCGAUCGUGCCGUUCGAAGUGUUCUGCCGACACCAAGACAUUGCGGCCAUCGCGGCAGAUCAAGGCCUGGCGCAUCAGUACCGAGAGGUCGUGCGCACAUACGCCAGCUUUGCGGAUCCAGCAUUCGUCGCCAACUCCACCACCAAGUUCAGCCCUCAGGUUGCGAUUCGAUGGAGAAAUGCAGGGUUGCGCGCCAUUCGAGGCGUAGUCAGUUCAGAAAGCCUGGCUGCGGAUGGAGGAACUUCGCUGAAGCUCUGUCUACCUGUCAUCUUGGAAAACCUGUACUCGAAUGACGAGGAUCUUCUGACGACUUUAUCGGCUAAGCUCCAUGAAUCGGACCCGAGCGAUGGCUCCAAACCGCGCCGCAUGAGCGUUAACACAGUUGGCACAGUGGACACAGCAGAGGGUGACCCCGAGCUAGCAGCCCGAUCAGCGGAUGAUGCCGAUCGAAAGGCGGAAAUGGGCGCACGACUCAUGGCUUUGCGUUGCCUUGAACAAAUCAUUGUCUCAGGUAGCAACCGUGGUCAAAUCCGGAUCGCAGUCACAGUCAUUCUACGAUUCAUCUCAACCAAGGGACUUCAGCAAAGCGAAAAGCAUGGCCAGAUGAUCGAAGGAAAAAGCGGCAACUGGGCAACCUCUUUGGUUGAAAUGAUCGCGAACUGGUGUCCGGUGCAAGUGCGAUUCAUCAUCUUGAUCACAGCCAUGGAGAUUCUGCAUGACACAAGCCCCAAGGAGGAUGCACUGGAAUCAUCCUUCACUAUUCUCUCUGUGGUGGAUUGGCUUCUCAAAUCAUCCGUGAACAUGAUCGGACUCAGCGUUAUGGACAUCCUCUUUGGGCUCAUGCACUACGCUUCUGAUAUACUGUCUCCCCCGGACCAUGCCGAGCCUGCCGACUCGGAGAAGAAAACCCAUCUACCAAGUAAUGUGGUGAAAAUUUCGCCCCAACGACAGGACCUCCUCACGCUUCUGGAGCGAUGUAUUGGGGAUCUUGCCACGCACAUCUAUUAUGGAGAGCAAGUUGCAGAUAUGAUGCGUGCAAUCCUCAAGCGGUUCAAGCCUUCUCUUCAUCAUGACAGCUCUGCCCCUUCAACAUUAGCCACAGUCCACGAAUCUGGAGUGGCUCACGUAAACUCGGGAUCUUCCUCGGAGACGAACGGCGAAAAAACAAACACGGAACUUUUCUCGCACCCUGCGGCCAAGCUGACUGCUCUUCGGUCCGUCAAGGCUAUUUUGACUGUGGCUAACUCGAAGACUCCUACAACCAUGUCUGGCGCGGAAUCUAGACACCCAGUUGGGAUCCACGUGUGGGAGGGUACACAAGGGCUUGUCCGUGACGCGGAUCGCGAUGUUCGCCACGCCUACGCGGAUGCCUUCCUAUCCUGGUUGAACCUGGAGACUAACAAGAACGACUUGAAGGCACAGAUUGAUGUGCCCAAGUAUAUCAAAACAUCGAAGCGAGACUCCGAGCAGGGGGAUAAAUCCAAUUGGCGAAACACCGUGGCUCCGGGAAAUCAAAGGGAGACCGUAGCUCUGGCAGCGCAUUCCAAUUUCCUUCGUCUUCUUCACCUCUCUGUCUACGACUCCGCUCUUGAAGCUGCCACAAAUGAUGCCGAGGUUCUCCUGUUGCAUCUGCUUCUGACAAGUCUAGUCGAGAACCUGGGAGUGAAUGCCGUUCAAUUUGGUCUCCCUAUGGUUCUCAAGCUGCAAGAAGAUCUGUUCACGUCGAUAGAAUUGAGUUCCUUCGCAGGUCGUGUGAACAUUGGGAGCUUGAUUCACGGAUAUCUCCUCGCGGUCUCGGAGAAGUUCAAUGCCGAGUCCUCUCCCGUGGGCCUUGAAAUCACCAACGAAAUUCAACACCGCCAAAGCCAAGGGUAUUGGCUUUCCAAAAUUCGUCUACCGGCCACUCGCCUCGAACAGAUUGAUUUUGAUGGCGAACAGAAAGCCAAUGAUGAUACCUCGCCACCUCCCCUGUCACCUUUCCGCAAUGUUGAUGGGCUUAUCUACUUGAUUGAUGAAUCCUACCGCCAGUCUAUUUCUUCUCCCCCACAAAGCCCCCAGACAUCGCCAGCACGAGGCUUCACAUUCCCUGUUCUUGGACACUCAUCAACAACACUAUCCCAAAAUGACGGUGGGAUCCCCUCUGUGGUGAAAGAACAAAUGCUCUCUCCGUGGUCCCGUGAAGCAUGCCUGGCAGCUGCCGACAAGGAAACUGCCAAGACAAUUUCCAUCAGUGGGUCAAGAGCCGGAACUAUGAACGCGCGCUACCAGACCAAUGGAGUCGCAAAUGGUUCCCCUGCCGAUUCUCAGUUAAAUCACCGCGAGAGCGUCCCUGAAAUCUCGGGCACAUCAUCCCAAAGCUCUGGCAAGGGGUCACCAGUUCGCAUCAACGAUCUUCGUCGUGUUUUAUCGGUCAACAACGACUCCCAGCCCCGACGGUUGAGCCCACUGCGCGGUCAAGUUGACACAUCCAAUGCCAGUAUCGUCUCAUCCGGAAGUGAGAGUAUGUACAGUGGCAACUACUCCGUCUCCGAAAUUGACGGCGAUGCGGCCUCAAUCCAACCAGAAGGGCAACAAGCCCCGGAAGAUGACGGUGCCGAGACACCUCGCGCUUCAGCCGCUGCAAUGGCUUUCCUAAGCGACGAUCCGAACGCACCAACCCUCAGCCGGGUGAAUUCAAACGAAGCAAUUCCUCCUGUCCCACCCAUUCCAGCCAGCCUCUCGAUCCCGGGUGGCUUCCCCAACGACUCCCAGCGUUCCCUGGUUUCCGACCGUCCAUCCACAGCCCCAGGUCCGUCGCGCCAAAAUUCACAGAAAGAAAAGGAGACACCAGGCACUCUCACUACACAACCCUUGAACCGCAACAAAAGUCGUUCAAACUAUAGCCUUGCUGGGGCUGGAAUCCCCGAGCUCGUCAACGGCUAUGAAUCCGAUGCCCUCGACGGAAGUCACCAGGAUCAAUUGAAAAAGCUCCUGGAUGGCUUCCUUUCACCCGAUGACGCUCUCAAGAGUCGUCCUGCUACUGCUCGAUCUGCUACCAAGAUGCCAUUGGGCAGAAAUCCCAGUAGACGACAGGCUAGUGGGGGCAUUGGAAGACCACCCUACUGA